GGUUUUUUAUUUUUAUUAUUAUUAUUCUAUCUUUUUUGGAAGGGGGAUUGGGGGGCGUAUGACAGGAACAUGGGGAUAUGGCGAGGAGAGGGGGAUAUGGAGAGAGGAGGAGGAUGUGGACGAGGAGGAUGACGAGGAGGAGGAGUCGAGAUGGGGGAGGAGAAGAGAUGGACGGAGGGAAAAGAGGAAGGGCAGGAGGAGGAGGACGAGUGGGAGGAGGAGGAGACAUGGACGGCAAGGAAGGGGAGGACACGAGGAAGGGAAGGAGACGAGGAGGCAUUGAAGAUGAGGAAGUACAAGGAGGAGGAGGAGACAAGGAGGAUGAGGAAGGGCAGGAGGAGGAGGACGGACAGGAGGAGGAGGAGGAGGAGACGAAAAGGAGAAGGGAGGAGGAGACAUGGAGGAUGAGGAAGGGAAGGAGGAGCAAGGAUGGAGGAGACGAUGGUGUUGUCAGUGCGGAUGGUGAAGUAUUGCCCGUCGAGGUAUGGGCGCCAGACUAUGAGGGCGUGAAUCACGGCGAGGAGUUCCUUCUCGUUGAAGGGGUAAUUCAUCUCCGCGGGAAGGAGCUUCUUGCUUGUGAAGGCGAUGGGGUAUUCGCCAAGUGGAGCCCCGGGGUGAGUGAGCGAGUCCUUGAUGGAGGGGGUCUCGGCGGUGUCGCGGGGGAAAUGUUGGGACAGUACGGCUCCAAUGGCGAAGUCGGAGGCAUCAGUGGUGACAUAGAAGUGGCGGGUGGGGUCGGCGAUCUUGAGGACGGGGGUUGUGGUGAUGGUUUGUUUGAGAAGAUCGAAGGCAUGCGCCGUGCUGGCGGCGAUCAGGAUCGAAAGGACUUGGCGGAGGUGCUGAAGGUGAGACUCGAAGGUGGGGUUGAAGACAAGGAUGAUGGCGAUAGUAGUUGGCAAGGCCAAGAAAGGAACGAAGUUGGAGAAGGGUCUUGGGUGGGGGGUAUCCGAGAGGGUUGUGACCUUCGAGGGAUCCAUACGGAUGCCUUCAGCGGAGACAAUGUGGCCGAGGAUCGAGAGGACUUGGCGGAGGUGCUGAAGGUGAGACUGGAAGGUGGGGCUGAAGACCAGGAUGUCAUCAAGGUAGACGACGACACAGACUUCGAGGAGGUUGUGGAAGAUGUGGUUCAUGGUAGAUUGGAAGGCAGCGGGGGCAUUGGUGAGUCCGAAUGGCAUCACGAGGAACUCGUAGUGCCCGAACCGAGAGCGGAAGGCGGUCUUGUGGGUGUCCUCCUCGCGGAUACGGAUCUGGUGGAAGCCACUGCGAAGGUCGAUCUUGGUGACUCCCGAAUGCCGCAUAAGUACGACACUCGUGCUAAGAGGAAAGCAAUGAGAAACAACAAGACCACUCAAUAUGAUACGAAUGUUACGUCAAAACCUGGAGCCGAACAUUCGGAGAGGUCGAAGAAAAGUGGAAAUGAUGAGAGGUCGGUGAAUCUUGGAAGUGAACAUCCUCGGGACGAUCAUCAUGUUCUUAGUGAGGUUGAACGUCGAUGUUCGCAAGGGAAUACCCUUGAUGAUGCUGAGAACAUGGUUGUGGAGGGGGGUGGUGACGAUUGUCGUGCCGAUGAGGAUGGUUCGCGUAGAGGUCAGUCGGGUGGGCCUGUUAACCUUACAUUUGUCGAUAAUGAGGAUGAUACCGUUACGGGCGAUUCGAAAGAAGACUAUGUUGAAUCUACUUUCAAGAGGAAAAAGAGUCGUGGUGCGAAAACUAAUCGUUUGGAUUCCCCCGAAGUGGCGGAGCCUACCUUGGCUGAUAAUCGGGUGAGACGACAACCUGUUGUUGAUGAAACGGGAACUCAGAUUGUAAGAGCGCUGAAUGCGCUUCCUGAUGAUGCACUUUAUCUCUUCCGUUUUAUGCACUGCUUGCUGGGCGUACCGGGUUCAUGAUUCAUCUUCGCAAUCUCAACGCAGUGGACGCGAAAGACAUGUUUGCGCCACAUCGCAACCACAAAAUC